AUGAAGGACAACAACAAAACAAAUUAUGAAUUUCACUCUCUGCGACCUUUGCAAAAGGAUGAUCAAGUGGACACUGAAACCUCCCGAGACCAAGCAAGUACGGAAAGAACCAUGCAUAAAUUUUACAAUCCAUACAUCCAAAAUCAGCAAGUGUUUUUUGAUUCGUUAUUAUUAUUUAUUGAUGAACAUACCAAGUUUUGUAAGAAGGGACUCCGAACUCUGCCAUCAACCUAUGAUUCUUUGGAUGCUUCUCGUCCAUGGUUUUGUUUUUGGUGUUGCAAUGCACUAAGUAUGAUUCCGAAUUUAGGAGAGGACAAUGUAUUGUAUCCUUCUCAAUUGGAUUUGGUCAAAAAGCAAGAUACAACACUCGUCUCCGAUUUUAGCGAGUUUUUGGCUGGCAAAUGCCAAGAUGUGCAACAUGGUGGCCUCGGAGGUGGACCUCAUCAAUUAUCCCAUGUGGCACCAACAUUUUCAGGCACCAUUGCUUUGUGUGCUCUCAAAGCUACCGAAGGUUUAGAUCGAAUUGAUCGAGAAAAGAUGUACUCUUUUUUAUAUUCGUUAAAGGACCCUGUUUCAAAAGGAUUUCGAAUGCAUGUCGAUGGAGAGGUCGAUACAAGAGGCUGCUUUUGUGCCCUCAUUGUGGCCACAGUUUUUAAUAUUAUGGAUGACAAAUUAAUUGAAGGAGUCGAUGAAUAUUUAAUCAAUUGUCAAACCUAUGAAGGUGGAAUUUGUGCAUUUCCAGGAUCGGAGGCACACGGAGGUUACACCUAUUGUGGAUUGGCUUCCAUGAUGCUCAUGAAAAAAGCUCACCUUCUUGACCUUGAUUCUCUCUUGCAUUGGCUAUGUAGAAGACAAAUGUCCUAUGAAGGAGGCUUUCAGGGAAGAACCAAUAAGCUUGUAGAUGCAUGUUAUUCAUUUUGGGUUGGAGCAUGUUUUCCAUUAAUUGAGGCAGCGCUUGUUUCAUUGAAAGAUCCAAAAGAUCGAACAGAACAUGACCAAUGCAUUCUCGAAUAUUUACAGUGGGUACCUCCAGAAUUGAGUCAAGAAACUCGAUUGAAAUAUACCCCAAAGAGUUUUAAUCUUCAUCACUUUGAUAUCAAUGAGCAUAAGAGAGAAAUUCACGACAUUGAGUCGCCAUGUCAAAUUGAAGAACUCGAUGAAAAACAACCCUAUAUUGAGCUUGAUGACACUGAAUGGAUGUUUGAUCAAACAGCUCUUCAAGAAUACCUCUUGUUGUGUUGUCAACAAGAAACAGGUGGAUUACGUGACAAGCCUAUCAAACACCCUGAUUUUUAUCAUACCUGUUACGCACUUUUUGGUUUGACCAUUGCCCAGCAUAAUCCAAGUGGUAGUUUGUCAGUUUUAGGUGACUGUAAGAACUUGUUGCGACCAAUUAAUCCUCUUUUCCAAAUGUGUAACGACAGCGUGGCGUGUGUUUUGCAGCAUUUUGGUGGAAGAAGCAAAAUUUAA